CUCCUCGCGGCGCAGACUCAGUCUUGUUCAAGCCCUCUGACCUAACUCGUCAGCGCAGUGUUCCGACCACGGGCCGUUAAGAAAGGGAGAGAAAAACGGGUACGAUCUUUCUGAUUGAAUCGACUCGAACCACAAGCCAAGGGUCAGAUGAAAGCUGGUCACCCGAGAAUUUGAUUAAACCGAUAGAUUUAACAGCUGAAAUGACGAGAUUUCGGAAAACAUCACCCUUCCAAACAUACACGCGGGACUAUAUACAUUUCGUGACAAUAUUAGUGUUUCUGGUAUCUUUCAACGCACAAACUGUGUCCGCUCAAGGUGCGGGCGGAUAUGUGUAUAAACAAUUUCAAAAUCCUGUCAGAGAUAGGUUAAUUCACGGGCUUUUCUCGUCCAAUUUUACAUGGGGCGUUGCAACAUCGGCGUACCAAAUUGAGGGUGCCUGGAACGAGGAUCAGAGGGGAGAAACUAUUUGGGACACGUUCUCUCACGAACCUGGUAGAAUCGUUGACAAUGCCAAUGGUGACAUCGCUUGUAAUAGUUAUCAUAAAAUCGACGAAGAUGUCGCUUUGCUGAAAGAGCUUCAGGUGAAACAUUAUCGGUUUUCCAUUGCCUGGUCCCGUAUUCUCCCUGAUGGGACUUUGAAUAAAAUUAACCAGGCCGGUAUUGUUUACUACCGACGCCUCAUUAACGCUUUGGUCGAAGCAGAGAUUGAGCCAGUUGUUACCUUAUUUCAUUGGGAUCUACCGCAAGCCUUGCAGGACAUCGGUGGCUGGAGCAACGAGAUUCUAACAGUAUAUUUCAAAAACUACGCCGAGUUAUGUUUCCUUGAGUACGGAGACUGGGUGAAAAGGUGGAUAACUUUUAAUGAGCCGUCUAUCUUCGCCAAAGCUGGUCACGAACAUGGCGUCCACGCACCUGGGCUGAAGCACCAAGGAACCACAGUCUACAGAGUGGCACACACAAUCAUAAAGGCCCAUGCCAAAGUGUGGCACACGUACGAUAAUAAAUACAGAGCAUCACAGAAAGGGCAGGUCGGAAUAACUCUGGUGUCGAGCUGGGCACAACCAUCGACAAAAUGGCAGGUCGAUAUCAUGGCCGCGGAGAGAUACCUUCAAUUUGAGUUUGGUUGGUUUGCACACCCACUUAUGGUGAACGGCGACUACCCCAGCGUCAUGAAAACACAAAUACUCGAGAAAAGUAUCGGGCAGGGACUGUCGUCAUCGCGCCUCCCCAGUUUCACUGAGGAGGAAAAGGUGCUUUUACGUGGUACUGUUGAUUUUUUGGGAGUAAAUUACUACACGACGAAGCUUAUUUCCGCCUGGAGAUCCGAUGCAUGGCCGCCUGGUUACGAGGAAGACCAGGAUUUGAAGGCGUGGCACGACGAGUCAUGGCCGAAGAGUGGCGCUUCCUGGCAGAAGUGCGUACCGUGGGGUUUCCGUCUCUUAUUAAACUGGGUAAAGCACGAAUAUGGAAAUCCUCCCAUCUAUGUCACUGAAACUGGAGUGGCUGAAAAGUUGAAUGACCAAGACGAACCGAAACUAAAAGAUGUAUGGAGAGUACAGUACUUUGUAUCGCACAUCAACGAACUGUUGAAAGCAUACAAGCUAGAUGGUGUCAAUGUGCAGGGUUUCUCGGCGUGGACAUUAAUGGACAAUUUUGAAUGGCAAGAUGGCUACUCGACACGAUUCGGCCUCUACCACGUCGAUUUCAAAAGUCCAGCCAGAACGCGAACGGCAAAGUCAUCGGCGAAGAAGUACAACGAAAUAGUGACGGGCAAUGGAUUCCCGGUUCCAGUGUCCAAACUCAGAUAUAUACCACAAUUUAAACCGGACAUGGCGUUUGGUGCCGCACCCCGGGCACCAAUGGUACCGGUCUUCCAUGACAAUGAUGAAGGUAUACAGCCAGAAUUCAGAUAAUACUGAAUAACAUCAACAAAUUACAGUUUAUAACUCAUUUCAAAAUGCGAACAGACACUAUUGGUAAAGGAUCGCAAGUUAAAAACAACUUAAAAUGGUGCCGUCAUAAAUGUUAUUUUAUUUUCAUAAUACACAAUUUAGGGAAUAACAUUAACAAUUCUUGUUGAAGGAAGAGUACAGCGCCACCAGUGUCCUAAAUUGAAAAAACAAAUGGCAUUGCUUGCGCCAUACUUUCACCGGGAGAGGUGCUCGUUGAUUUCGGUGAGGAAUGAUUAACACGUACUACUUCCUAUAAAUUGCAUUUCUUCAAAGUUCAAGGUGUUCGGGUAAUCAUUAGCUUCAAUCAUACCACUUAGGAGUAUUAGUUAAUAAAUGUCCACAUUCAUUGUCCAGUCGUUGAAUACUAGUAGUACAGCACGCAAUACUAGCUUGUUCCUUCACCAGCAAAUUAACUAUUUUCGGAAAGCCUGUUUUGUGAUUUUCCUAAUAUGUCACCCAGCAAAUAAUCUUAUCAUUUUUUUUAAAACAUAUUUUUGUCUGAGUUAUGGUAGAAAUGAUAUAUUGGUGUUAAGAAGAGCCUUUCGUGCAAUGUAUUGUUCACACUGCGCCGAACAGAUAGGAAGCCUCUAUUUUUAUUUCAUUUGCUUCUGCACUAAGCAGCAGUUUUCGAAUGGUUCCGAUACAAAUCGCCUCUUGGUGGCGCUAUUCCAUAGAAAUUCAGUUUGUGAGUACAAGUCGAUAAUGAUGUACACACUCUACGGUGAGCAACGGGGUAGUUGUUAAGUGACGAAUGCAUUACCGACACCCAAAGAGGUUCCUUUUACGCUGUACAUUUUGUAUUCCAUAUUCUCAGCUUCUGUGGAACGUUGAACCACGCUUGAACUGCUGCUUAGAAAUAAAAUAAUACUGGGAACGAGGAUGGUGUUUUUAUAACAACACACAACUGCACUGUGAAUGCAAAACACGUCUCACAAUUUAAAAUAAAAUACAAACUGAGUGCACGUGUCGUCUAUUGGGAUAGCUCAAUCUUAUUAAAAUCCGAUGUAGGUAUAGACUUCAUUUUUUUUAAUAAUGGUAAAUAAAACAGAAGAAAAGAUUGAUAAAUAAACACAAAUAACAUAAGUUGAGUCUAUACCUACAUCGGAUAUUAACACGAUUGGAGACAGAUUGGAUAGAAUAUAACACGUUAUUUGCAUAUUUACAUGAAUAAUUAUGUACAAAUAUUAAUAUUUGAUGUAUGAAUUGCGCUAAUGCUUUAUUUUAUUCAGGCAAUUUUUCUCAAUCCUUGGAACACACAAUUCACAUUUGUAUCACCGAUAGAGGGCGAUUAGUUUAUGAUGUCAUGAUCCUCGCAACAAUAUACCUAGGGUCUAUGUUAAAAACGUACAUUUUGUAUUAUUACAGUUGAUGCAUUUCAUGUAUGUAUGUAUGUGAAUAACCAUCCUAUACUGUAUUCCUGUUUGCAACGGAUAUGGCAAAUUAGCGUUCGUUAUAAUAUUAAAAUUAUAUAAAUGUAAAAUUAAAAUACAGAUACAGGUAGAUGAAUUUAGGAAAUAAUGGCACACACUUCUGUGCCAAUA